AUGAAUCCCGAGCAUGGGGAGAAAGUAGGGGGUCAAGAUAAGAAAUCACCCUUUUCUCAAGUCCAAAGAAUUAAAGAGGGGCAAGUGCAGGGCUCCGAAUUUGAAGGAAUGUUAGAGGAAGUGAGGGAGGAUUUUAAAGGCAAAGAAGUUUGUGGUCAGCGAGGGGUUGAAGUGAAGGUUAAAAGUCCAAUUAACGCGUUGAAGAGGAUGGAUUUGUCCUGUGAGAAAAGAAAGGGAGAUAGCGACGGCGCGAUGGAAUCUAAACUUCUGUGGUUUGAGGGGAGAGAAAAAUUGUUUAAGUAUCCUAAGAAGGAGUUGUACACAGCUGCGAAUUCAAGCACUCCCGAUAUCAGAAUUAAAACCCGUAAGGUGCAGGUGAAAAUAAGGAUUGGUUUUCAGAAAGGGGGGUCAGAAAGAAAAAGUAGAGCAAAAGAGUUAGCUAGUCACGAGGGCUUGGGGGAGGUAGAUCUACCAAGGGCAGAUUUCGCAAUUGACAAUGUUUGUUUUUCAGGUGUUAUAGAUAGUGGGGCGGAAAUCAGUGUAGUAAAGCAGUCCUUCAUUCCUGAGAAAUAUUUAAAAUCAGGGGGGACGCUCUUUCUAAGACCAGCUGUGGGACCAGCCAUGAGAGCAAAGCUUGUAACUGUGCCUAUAAGGAGAUGGGGGAGAGAAGAAGAGAUAAAGUCAUAUGUCGAAAUCCCAGUAGCGGUGGUAGAGGAUUUGAAUGAAACGGCUGCUCUGAUUACCCCAAAAGUAUUUCGGUUACUAAAUGAGCAGUCUUUGAGGGACAGCGGAGGGGAGAGUCAAGAGGAGGGGGGUGAUAGAAGUAUUCUAGCUAUGGAAAAAGAAACGGAAAGGGGAGAAGACGAAGAAGCGCGGAGUACCCCAGUAGACUCGGGGGCGGUCAGCGAAGGAAUAGAAAUAGGGGAAGGAACUGUAAACCCUAGCGAAAAAAUCCCACUAGUGGUCAGAAGUGAAAACGAGACGACGGUGAUAAGGUCAAGGGAGUUUAAAAUAUUAGAGGAGCAGGCUUAUGAAAAUGCAGGGGAUGAACGGUGGGGAGAAGAGUGGGAGAAAAAGAUGAUCUGUUCUGAGGGAAAAGAACAAGGAGGGAACAAGGGGAUUGAGACUAAGGACACUGACCUUGCUUGCGAGAAUUCGGACGGGAGAGGAGUGCGAAUCACUCCGGGGGGUCUCGAGGUGUUGGAGAUAGAGUCAAACGGGGGAGGGGAUGAAGAUCCACCAUGUAUUUUAAUGAAUCCGGAGUGUGGGGAGAAAGUAGGGGGAGGAGAUAAGGAAUCACCCUUUUCUCAUAGCCAAAGACUUAAAAAGGAGCAGGUGCAGGGCUUGGAAUUUGAAGGAAUGUUAGAGGAAGUGAGGGAGGAUUUUAAAGGCAAAGAAGUUGGUGGUCAGAGAGGGGUUGGAGUGAAGGUUAUAAGUCCAAUUAACGCGUUGAAGAUGGUGGAUUUGUCCUGUGAGAAAAGAAAGGGAGAUAGCGACGGCGCGAUGGAAUCUAAACUUCUGUGGUUUGAGGGGAGAGUUGUAGGAGUUGUACACAGAAAGAGUUGUACACAGAAAGU